GUCGCAUGGCAGCGGCGGCUACAUGGUGUGCGGCGCCUGCGGGUACUGGGACUGGAACGAUCGCUUCUGGAAGCGGAAGGGCUACCGCAAGUGCGGCAGCUGUGUCGGCCUGCCUGGCCGCUGCUUGCAGCAGUCGUCCGCGUCGCCAUGGUGGUCGUCGCAGGAGCAGGUGGCUUCGAGCAUCCAGAAGUUGGUCGGUAAUGACAAGGCGCUGGGCCAGGCCCCGUCGCUGGCGGCAGCAGAGCGGCUCAAAGCGGCCUCUUUCAAGCAGGAGCAGGUUGGCAAGAAAGUCGAGCGCUGCUGCUGGGAAUCGGCGACGGCGAAGUACAGGACCCAGGAGGUGCAGGGGCGCCUCGAAGCCUUCGCGGAGGAGCAUCUCCAGGCCACGAUGGAGCACGAGGCGGCGGUCGCGCCUGUGGCGGGCAAGGACGGCUCGUCCACGCACGUACUGCCCGAGCGCCUCGCCUUCAACCUGGGUCCGUCUCUCUUCGCUGACAUGGGCGAUGUCGACGAGGACUACAUGGCUGCCGUGGAGGCGCUCCAGUCCGCCAGGCGCAUGUGGCUGGAGGAGCGGGGGACGGUCUACAUCGCGCUCGCGGAGCGGGCCGAGCUGCGCGAGAGGGCGCGGCUGGAGGAGGGGGCCAAGUUGAUCCAGGCCCAGAAGGAG